GAUAGCGCACACAGGGUGCCGAAUCCAUUGUAAACUGUCACCUUAUCAGCUGAGUAUAAGUGAGUGGCGGCUGCAGCAAUGUGUGUAGUACUAUGGAAGUCCUCCGCGUGGUUUGCAGUGUGAUCGUGGUGGCUGUCGUCGUCACCCCCCUCCCUCACCCCUGGGAUCCUCAGCUGGACGAGGGCGUGUGGGACAACCUGCUAGAGUAUGGCGAGAAACUGUUUGGGGACCCGUCCAAGUCAGUAGGGGAUGCUGUAGCUAAGUGGAGUCCUGACAGUGACCUUAACCCAGAGGAGUUGGGGGAGUACGCUCAAGGUGACAUUCUGUUCCCACCUACUGCAGCUCGCAAUGGCCUCAAGGCUGCGUCCACACACUGGGAGAAAGGCAUUGUCCCUUAUGAGAUUGGGCCUGGAUUCUCUGGCCAGGACAGGGCAAUGAUAGAUGAAGCUAUCGCAGAGUACCACAAGAGGACUUGCGUCAAGUGGGUUCCUCGCAAGGGGUCUGAGCCUGAUUAUGUCUACUUCACCAAUUCUAACACAGGUUGCUGGUCCUCUGUUGGCCGUAUUGGAGGCAGACAAGAGUUGAAUCUUCAGUCUCCUGGUUGUCUCACCAAGAAAGGCACAGUUGAACACGAGAUGAUGCAUGCACUAGGCUUUCUUCAUGAGCAGAACCGCUGGGAAAGGGACAAGCAUGUCACUGUCAACUAUGACAACAUUCAGGACGGUCGUUUGAACAAUUUUGAGAAGGCGAAGAAGCAAGAGACAGACUCACAAGGAGUUGCUUAUGACUAUCACAGCAUUAUGCAUUACUCAGAGAACGCGUUCUCUAGAAAUGGACAGCCCACCAUUGUUCCCAAGUCAAAGGGAGUGAAGCUAGGUCAGAGGGAGAAGCUUAGUGAAAAGGACGUCAAGAAAAUCCGCCACAUGUACAAAUGUCAUUAAUGCAGCAAAUAUAGUAUGCAGU